UAGUCAGCUUAAGUCUCAUUUACAACAAAUGAGAUAGUAAACAAGAAUAGUAUCCAUUCUAAUCAAUUGACUAUUUUUCUUUCCAGGAAUCAAAUCUUUCAAAGCUGCUAAAACACCUAGAGACGUUGAUAGGAAGCUAUGUGCAUUUCUUCCCUCUUCUGCCAAAGGCUGGAUAAGCUUUGAUGGUGCCAACGUACUCUUAAGUCUGGUUAGGUCUCUCAGAAGGCACAGCUAAAGAGUCCAGGGAACAGAACCGUCCGUGUACUAUGCAGUUGAGCAGAUAUCCAGGUUCCUGUUUCACACCCAUCUCAACGGUAUCAGAAUGUCUUCCAGACUUCUUACUGAUAACAAAUAUUAGAAAACAAGACUAGCAUCUGUCAAAUGGGGCUCCCUCUCCAUUUCUCUCUACACACCUUUCCUUUGGGGGGAGAAGAAGAGGAGAAUAGCAUGAAAAGUGCAAAAUGUUUCAAAUUCCUGUUCAAAAUCUUGAUAAUAUCAGGAAGGCUCGAAAAAAGGUGAAGGGCAUUCUUGUGGAUCUUGGGCUUGACAGCUGCAGGGAGUUGUUGAAGAUCUUUAUGGCGGGGUCUUUACUUGAAGGAUUGCUCAUGACUGACUCCUCAUAUGCCAGGGCUGGGUGUAUUGGAGGCCGAAUUGAGCCUAAGCAGGAAGGACUGGCAAAAGCACCCCACUGUGACUGGCCCAGAGGCUCUGUGCAUCCUUGGCACAGACUGCCUCAGGAGAGGGUAUUUCAAGGAGCCAAAAGGGUGUACUGGUGGGCUUUUGGCAGAGCUGCCUUGGAGACAGAGGAAAUGAAACAGCUGUCUGCUUUUCCAGGUCUCUCAGAGGACCCCUCUGUUGUGGGGUUGCUGAGGGUUGAAGAGCAACAGGUGCCAAUUGCUACUACAGCGGCGCACCAGUGGCAAUAUUGCACCAGCUGCAGGUCCCUGAUGCCUGUCCAUAGACUCAUUCAUCAACUGGAGAGCCGAGGAGUGAUCAGCAAGACUCACUCACCCUUUCGCAGUCUCAUAUGGCCAGUGUGGAGGUCUGAUGGCGAGUGUAGACUAACAGUGGACUGCUGCAGCCUGAAGGAAGUCCUGCCACCACUGAGUGCUGCCAUGCCAGACAUGCUAGAAGUUCAGUACGAACUGGAGUCAAAGGCAGCCAAGUGCAUUGGAGGUGGAAGGCUGCUGUACGGAGUCCUCCUGUGCAACAAGCUGCAGAAACUGCUGCACAGAGAAGUUUCUAAGUGGAUGUUUUUGUUUUGUUUGCAGAGAUACAGAACAAAGCCGUACUGCUGUAGCUUAUGCAAGUUCUCGUCAAAAUUGCUUACUUCAUUCAAGAAUCACUUGCACCGUUACCAUGAGGAUGAAAUGGACCAAGAGCUGGUGGUUCCUUGCCCAAAAUGUGCAUUUGCUUCUGAUCCCAAAAUAGUGGGAAAACAUAUCCGGAUGUUUCAUUCAUCUAAUAAAAGAAUACAGAACUAUACAGUCAGCAUUUUGGAUGGCAUGAAACAAUUCAGGAGUGACAUCAUAAACUUUACAUGUCUAAAAUGUCACUUUACAGACACACUGUAUUACAAUAUGAAGAAACACGUGCUGAUGAACCAUUUUCAAAACUUAAUAAGUACAUAUUUUGGCCAGAAACCUGAUGAAAGUAAAGAGAAUUCUAUUGAGCACUACUGUAAAAAAUGUAAUGCUUCUGCAAACAGCCAAGAUUCUUUAAUGUAUCAUGUCUUGACAGCUGAAACACACCGAGACCUGGAGAACAAACUUCGGUCUGUGAUUUCAGAACACAUUAAGAAACCAGGACUUGUGAAACAAGGGGCUGCCCCUGCCCCAGCGGGUUCCGUCACAGCUCCGGCUUGCAUCCAGCUUGCAUUUCCACAGAAUAAUCAAAACCACAGUGUGGUGCAGCCAAAAGCGGUUCAAAACACAGUCAGAUCACUGACUGUUCCAAGUGCCUCUGGUAGCCUUCCACAUACGACUUCUGCUCCGGUUGUUACCCCCUCGCACGUUAGUCUUGUAUCUAGUAAUCUCCCUGCAGGUCAGAAUAACGUUAAUAUACAGCCAUCGCCUUCCCAGCCUAUCAUUGUUUCCCAUAGGCUCCCAGUUAAUCAGCCUGUGAUGGCUGGAGCCAUUCCUCUUAACCAUUCUCUUGGGACUGUCAAUAGAACCGUGGCCCCCGCAGUUCUUCCUGUUAAUCAGCCUGUCACGCCUGGGCUCUUCCCUGUUAAUCAACCCAUUGGUACUAUAAAUGGUCCGGUUGCAGCUGGAACGCUACCUGUUACUCAACCUGUCAGCCCUGUGAAUCAACCGGCUGCACCAGGAGUCCUCCCUGUGAAUCAGCCAGUUGCUCCAGGAGUUCUCUCUGUCAACCAGUCACUGGGGAAUGUGAAUAGACCCAUUGGUCCCAGGGUCCUUCCUGUGGCCCAGACAGUUGCAUCGGGGAUGCUCCAGCUUAACCAGCCUGUUGCCUCUGGGGUUGUUCCUGUCAGACAGCCUGUCAGACCUGGGUUUCUUCAGCUUAAUCAACCUGUUGCCCCAGCCGUUAUCCUAGUAAAUCAGCCAGUCCAACCAGCAGUUUCUCAAAAUGCUUUUUUGACUGCAGGUUCUCUACUUAGGCAGUUGAUUCCAACUGGUAAGCAGGUUAACGGGAUACCUACGUACACACUUGCCCCGGUUUCGGUUACGUUGCCUGUACCUCCUGGUGGUGGAGUAGCAACUGUUGCGCCACCACAAGUGCCCAACCAACUGAUGCAGUCUGGGACAGUAUCUCAGUUGUCCCAGUCACCGGCUAGUGCACCCUCUCCUCCGGUGGUUUUAACGUCGCAGAAUAUGUCGUUGCAAGCCUCCCCCCUUGGUCCUGAAACAAGUCAGGCUGUCAGGCAGGCUAAGCAGUGGAAGACUUGCCCUGUCUGCAAUGAGCUUUUCCCAUCAAAUGUCUACCAGGUGCACAUGGAGGUGGCCCACAAACACGGUGAAGUAAAAAUGGAGGAAACCCCGGAACCUGACAAACUUGCAGCUUGCGCACCCUUUCUAAGGUGGAUGACAGAAAAGACAGUCCGGUGUUUCUCUUGUAAAUGUUUUCUCUGUGAGGAAGAGCUCAUGAAACAUCUCUUGAUGCAUGGCUUAGCUUGCUUGUUUUGCACAGUUACUUUCCAUGACUUAAAAAGUCUCGUGGAGCACAAUAAAGCUACACACAAUGGGAAAAAGCAGUUACAUGCAGAUUACAGCAACAGAGGAUUUCAACUAGGUAACGAUGCUCAGGGUGACCUUGUAUUUCCACACUUUGAUUUCAGUACAGUGUUACCAAAAGAAGACAUUGGUGAAAGAGAAGUACAUUUGGCAGUGCUUGCUGGCCUCAAUUCAAGGACGCUUGUCCCUGUUUACAUCAAAGUGAAACCUCAGACAGCAGAAGUGAACAAUAGAUGCAACAAAAAAGUGCUAACCUGUCCCUUCUGCUUUGGUACGUUUGUUAGUAAAGAAACCUAUGAAAUGCAUUUGAAAGAGCGGCAUCACAUAAUGCCAACUGUACAUACAAUUCUAAAGUCUCCUGCUUUCAAGUGCAUCCACUGUUGUGGUGUGUACACUGGAAAUAUGACUCUAACAGCUAUUGCUGUACACUUGCUCCGUUGUAGAAGUGCUCCCAAAGACAGCAACUCAAGUGUGAAGAUGCAGCUUGAGCGUACUGAGAAGAAAGAGCUACUGUUUGUGAAUGGUGAAAAGCAUGAUUCUGUGAUACAGAAAAGAAAGCAAUUGGAUUCCUGCUUUAUUGCAGAAGACCAAAGGAAUAGGGAACAGCAGCCUCUGGGCUUAAGUACUGGCAUAGCUUUAUCUCCAGAAAAAGAAGUGAAUUCAGGGGUAGUGCCUUUCAAGCGACAAAAGAUUAAUACUAGGACUGAAAUGAAGAAGCUUCCCUCUAGUGAGGAUCUUCGCAUUCUAGCAGUAGAUCCUAAACAUUAUGAUCACAAUUCAUAUGAGGCUCAAAAACAGUUUUUGACAGACUACUUUAAUGAGAGGCCAUAUCCUUCUAAAAAAGAGAUGGAGUUGCUUUCCUCGCUGCUAUAUGCCUGGAAAAUUGAUGUUGCAUCGUUCUUUGGAAAAAGGAGAAAUACAUGCUUAAAGUCGAUAAACAAUCUCAAACCAUCUGUGCUGUUGGGUUUCAGUAUGUCUGAACUAAAAAACAUUAAGCACAGUUUGAAUAUAAAUGAUGACCCAUUAGAUAUGUAAACAAGCUUUUUAUAACAGCUAAACGCAAUCCAUAAUUGCAGACUUACGAUUUAGCAGUUUAUUGUAUUACUUGUUUUAACUUCCAGACUGGCCUGUUGAAGGGUGCAGUAGUACAAAAAGUCUCGUUCAGUUGUGACUGUUAUUGUGAAAGGCACACGUAGUUGUGUAUUUGAAAAAGCUAAAGCCUUCAGACUUACACAUCUGGAAUUUGUUUUAGCUUUUUACUUUUUCUGGAGUAGUGGUUUUUGGGGUUGUUUUGUUCUGUUUCCCUUUUUUCCCCUCCAGGCUCCCAUUACUCUUUUUAUACCACCAUGUAAAACAUUUGUCCUGUUAAAAACAAAUUUUAUUUUAUUUUUCUGCAAUGCCGUCAUCUUUUCUAAACAAUAAAAUGUAUAAUGUUGGUUAAAAUACUGAGGUAAACUAUGUGAGAAACAUCUAUUUGAUUAUUUGUGUUUUAAAGUCCUCCUGUUUUUUUAACCUAUUUUUGUUUUACUUACUGAAGAAGUGAUUGUAGCCUUUACAUCCAUUGCCCCUUCAAAUUCCUAGUGCACUGGUAGCAAUAAAAUACAUGGCAAUCUUUUUUUUCCUCAAUCAAAAUACCUGUGCCAGUUAAGUCUGGUAGUAUCUAAGUUAAGACUUGUAGUAUCUAACUAGUAUUAACAUGGUGGGGAUUGAGGAGCUUGGGGGUGCCUGUUGAAGUGUUAACAAUGAACUGAAUUGAAGUGGUUGUGUUAUUAUCUGUUAAAUAGAUCUUGCUAACCAGAAGUGUUUAUUCUUUUUGUUGGUCUUGAAGCCUGGUUGUUUAAAUACCUAUUGUUCAAAGCCCUGGUAGCAGCAUUUGGUUUCUUUUUCAAAAAGCAAAACUGUUUCGGAGAGUGUCAGAUUGCUUUGGUACAUGGAACAUACGACUUCUGUGCUCAUUACUUAUCUGUAGAAGCCCUAUCCAAGUAUCACCAAAGUUUGCUGAAAAAUCCGAUUCUUAUUUUAAAUUGCUGUCGCAUAAGGUAGUAACUGAGCAGUGCCUCCUCCCCAGCAAAUGAAAUACGUGGCUUGAAGUCCUUUGAGUCAGAAAUUGUACAAACUGGAACUGGUUGAAUUGGAAGCAUCAAGACUUCAAACUGUUGAGCACCUGAACCGGUGAUACUCAUGUAGUGGUUGUUUUUUAUUGUCCUAUAGAGAGCAGAAGAGUAGUACAAAACCCGAAUAGGCUGUCUUGUUCAAUAUGAACUGGCAUCCCUAUUACAGAUUACAAAAAAGCUGUUGGGAAGGUUCACCUGAGUUGAGGAAUGAACUAUAGUACUCGGGGGCCACAUGGCAGCCUUGUUUAGUACUGUCCUUUCUUUCUGGAUAUGCUUGGUUUCAUCUGGCUUGUCAAACAGUGCCUCCAGCAUUCACUAACAGCCAGUUAUAUCAUAAAUAACCUAUCAUAUGUAUUCCUCCUCUUCAUCCCCCUCUCCCCACCCUUCUUUCCCAGAAGAAAAAAAAGAGCAGGCUCUUCUGUCAAUUCACUUGUGCUAGUGUUAACAAGGAAAGGGUCAUAUGCCCAAGCUUAUUUCUAUUUAAGUAGUAAGCAUACCUUUGCCCUGUGCAAUAGUUCUUAAAGCAGAUACAGAAUUGGUUUUUGUGCUGUUUCUAAAAGGGUGUGAUAUUUUUAGCAGAAUUUGUUGACUGUCCACCUGAGGGUUCUAUAAGCUCUUUGAAAUUCUAUUUUGGAUACAAUCUUGAUAUUUUCAUAUUGAUAACUUCAAAAAAAUUCUAAUUUAUAUGUAACAUACAGUUAACUUAAACUGAGAGAAUCUGCUGUUUGGAAAAGCCUAGUCAUUUAAUAGCAGUGUUGAACAAACAUAAGCACCAUUUAUGGGAUCGUCUGCACAUCCCGCCCCAGAGAGUGGCAGUGAGUAAGAAGCGGUGUGUUCUUAUAGCCUAACAAGAGCUUGUUAGAAAUAAAUUUUUAAAAAAGGUAUUUGGGGAUAGCACAGGUCAUGAACCAGUUUGAAGGGCUCUGAGUGAGGAAGAGGGAUGCUCUCUAGAAGUUCUGAAAGCUAGGUGCUGAUUUGCACUCUUAAAACCUUGAUACUGUGAGUCCUAUCAUCUUUGGGUAGUUCUGCUGGCACCGGUGAAACUCCAGCAGGGAGUAUUUGGCAGCAUGUAUUUGGGGAAGGCCUGCCAUGAACUGUGGAGAUUGUUCCUGAGGUAACAGUGUGGCUUGGAGUGGCAAGCUGGGAAGUCAUUUCAGGGUUCAUCCGUGCUUGGGGCACCAAGGGAGCAGUCCAGACUUACCAGAGUUUUCCCAUGUAGUGCCCUGGGGUGAUGUUGAGCAUUUUAUUUAUUGGACUUCAAUUUCACAAAUAAACCGGCUUUCUAACUUUCUUAGGUGUGUGUGCAAAUGAUUACCUAUCCUCUCCCCUUCCCCCCCCUUUCCCCUCCCGCCCUUUUAAUAUAUUCAGGGAACUUGAUGUGAGUUUCUUUUGGUGCAAAAUAAGACACAAAAGGAAAGUAAGGCCUAGACUAGAUCCAGAUGCCUUAGGUAGACCUUGGUGCGUUACAGUAAUACCAUGUAUUAUCUCAAAUACUGACAGCUGUGUGUUUUCUUAGAGACUGAUGUUCUUAAAUCUCGAUACUAAUUUGCUACCACUAAAUGCCCCUGCGGUUACUAAAUGAGGACUGUAGAAACAAACAGAAAACGGAUGAAUUUUGAAAUGUGAAAGGAGUGACUGAGACACAGCAUGGUCGUGGUUUUCAGAAAAGCCACAGAGCCUGAAAACAGCCAAGUUACAUCAGUGGCUUAACUAAAUUAGGCUUUUGCUGUAGGCUUCUCACGUGCAAAGUAAUUCGGUUAGGAAGUGUCAGUCUGGAAGGAUACUGCUGCCCCUGCCUAGGGCUACUUGUGGGCAGUGUGACAAAUGCCCCUCUGGCACUUCCCUGUGGACAGAGCCUAAUGCUCUGGGUGCGUGCUGGUGGGGAAAACAAAUCUACCAAAGGAGGUGCCCUCUGCACCAGACUUUCUGAAUGCGAGUCCUUAAAGCACGUGGAUGAAGCUCUGGUCCACUGUAGAAGUCCGGUUUGGGAAGAAUGCUGUUUGGUUUGCAGGAUGAUUGUAGCAAGUACUUGUUCCUCAUGGGAAUAAAAAAAAACCCUACAGGUAUACUGCUUCUGAAAUGUAUUGGUCUGGAGAAGUCUCUCUGUUCAAGAAAUAUUUUGUCAUGGUGUCUUGAGUUUUUAGGCAGAAAAAUUGUGCUUGUGAAAUAGUGUGAUAACUUACUAUUUUAACUAUGUAGUAGGAAGGAUUAUUAUUAUAAUGUGACUCAGUCAUGUUUCUUCUGUAUAUAUUCACGUGCUGGGAGUUCAGAUUGUUUGGUAAACUGGCGUUUUGGACAAAACCCCAAACACCCUUGUGAUUGGUUUUCAGUAUUGUGUUCUUGUGUAGAAUACUACAGUUCACCAUCACAUCAAACUUUUUUUCCCCCUUCACUCUUUUAAGUUGUUAAGGAAAACUUAGGGGCUUAUUUAAGUAGCUGUUAAAUACAAUUUUGGGUGUGCAAUUCCCAAUAAAUAAUUCUACUGCAGCUGGCUGUGCCAUUUUCAAACACACCUUUGUCAAACUUAACUGUGGGCACAUUUUUCUAGGAAAGAAACAUGAUGCGAAGUAGCAAAAUACAGAUACAUGGAUAAAAAAGCUGCAGUCUAAUAGCAAGGGGAAAAAAAA